AUGAGCAACACUCCUCAGGUCCCCACACCAGCUCAUAUCCUGGCCGACUCGAUGUUAUCCCGGCAUUUUGGAAAAGAGACCGUUAAUUACUUCUCGAGUUCACCAUUAAACCGACUCUCGUUUCUACGCUCUGAGCAUCCUUUCCUCUCGGCGGCUCUUAAGCAUCCCUCAACUCGCUUUGUAUUACUGAAAGACCUUGCGCCUCUGACGAGGUCGCCUGCCGAGUUGUACUAUGCAAAGUAUAACGAAGUAAGGAAAUUGGUGCCAGAAGAUGUCUAUGAUAGGCCGGAGGAAGACAUGAUCAAGGAGUUUGAUUCUCGAAAGACAAGCGCACAGCUCAUCUUCCUCGGCUUAGAUGAGUCACGGAAGCAGGAUGGACUGGCGUGGAAGAUUUAUAAUGGGACACCGUAUUUCGCUUUAGAUGUUACACCCAAGGGAUCGCAAGAGCACCAGUCCCACGCGAAGGACAUUAUCAGCAGCCUGGAGGCGCAAGGCUUGAGCUUUUACCAAUCCCGAGUGGUUAUGAGCCUCCCAGCCGAUGAAGCUGCUAUAUACGCCCAGUCUCGCGCACUAGUCGACUGGAACACCCGCAACACGUUCUGCGGCACUUGCGGCCAUCCUACACUUUCCGUGAACUCGGGAACGAAACGCGCCUGUCCACCAACAGACGCUGCGCUUGUGGAAGCCGGAAAGGAGCGACCUGGCUGUAACACGCGCACCACACUUUCGAAUCUCUCCUUCCCACGUACCGAUCCGACCAUCAUCGUUGCUGUUCUCUCGGCAGACGCAAAGCGAAUCCUUCUCGGCCGCUCUAAGCGGUUCCCCUCUAAUCUCUACUCGACACUCGCUGGGUUUAUUGAACCUGCAGAGUCAGUGGAAGAUGCGGUUCGGAGAGAAGUCUGGGAGGAAGCCGGUGUCACGUUGUCGCGUGUCGUUAUCCAUUCGUCUCAACCUUGGCCGUACCCGGCGAAUCUCAUGAUCGGAGCAAUCGCCCAAGUCAGUGAUCCCGAGCAUGAGAAGAUCAGCUUACUGCACGACCCUGAGCUGGAGGAUGCCAAGUGGUUUGAAGUUGAUGAGGUUGAAGAAGCCCUGCGAAUCGGAACGGGUCCGUUGGGAGAACAAGCUGGGCCAGAAUAUAAGGGUGGUUUAAGACUCCCUCCUCCCACAGCCAUUGCAAACCAGCUCAUCCAGGCGGCUAUCACGGGAGACUACAUCACAUCACAAAAGUCCAAGAUGUAG